AGUGAGAUGACCGGGGUUCGAAUCUGAUCCCCUACAUAUAUAAUGCAAUGUCUCUGCCAACUGAGCUAAAUUUAGGAGGACAAAAUUACACAAUUCUUAAGCAAUUCAUACUAAAUAAAUUACCAAAAGAAAUAAGUCAAUAUUUAAGGUACAUUAUCAUCGAUUUAAGUCACAUUGUUCUAAUAAUAAAAAAUAAAAAAAAAGUACAGAUCAUUAGUGAGAGUUUAUUGUGUUGUGUGUAUCCAAUAAAAACGAAUAUGGCCUUUGUUGGAAACGAAUAUGGCCUAUGCAUUCAUAGCUAAUGACGCCUUUGUUGGAAACAACAAGAGUCUUCUUCACUGUGAGUUUGUUGUGUUGUGUGUAUCCAAUAUUACUCAGUUGACUUGACUCCUUAAACCAUGUCCGUGAGAGUUCCUCUUCAUGGCUGGAACUACGACUACGAUGUGUUCUUGAGUUACCAUGACAAAGCCUUAUGUAAACCUUUUGCAGCAGCACUGUAUUCAGCUCUCACACAGGCUGGACUUGUUGUUUACAUUAACCAUAACAAUCUUCCAACCGGAGAUCAGACAAAUUUCUCAGCAAUCGAAGCUUCUAGAACUUGUAUCAUCAUUUUCUCAAGUAGUUUUGAUGCUUCAAAAUGGUUUCUAGAAGAACUGGAGAAGAUACUGGAUUGUCGUGCAAACAUAGGACAGGUGGUUGUGCCUGUUUAUUAUAAUGUACAAGACUACCAUGUACGCAGUCAGAAAGAAAGUUUUGGAAAAGCAAAGUCAAUGCGAUAUAGAGCCGCGCUCUCUGGAGUUAGCAACAUGCUAGGAUUUUUGCCAUGGAAUUUCAGGGACGAAAGGGAAGGUAUCAAUAACAUAGUACACGAUUUGACUCGUUUCAUAGAAGACAAAUUCUUUUUCGUUGAUAAACACCUAGUGGGAUUAGAAGCUCGUCUGCAAGAUGUUAUUCAACUAUUGAGCAAGAAACAAUCACAAGAUACCAUAAUUCUGGGGAUAUGGGGGAUAAACGGGAUUGGUAAAACAAUCAUUGCAAAAGCCAUUUAUAAUCAAAUGGGUAGCAGUUUUAAGGGCCAGUGCUUCCUUCACCUAAAUGUUAAUAAAUAUUUCCAACAUAGAAAUGACCAAGUUUCUUUACAACGACAACUUCUUUCCAACAUCUACAAAACAACAGAGAUACAGAUUGAUACAGUUGAAUCAGGAAAAAUGGUAUUGCAUAAAAGCCUUCACCGUACAAAGAUAUUUCUUGUACUUGACAAUGUGAAUAACUUGGAACAGUUGAAUGCUUUGUGCGGUAGUCGUGAAUGGUUUGGUCGUGGAAGUAGAAUAAUUAUCACAACAAGAGAUAGAGAUAUACUUCGUAAGUUUGAAGUUGAUCAUACAUAUAGAAUAAAAUAUAUGAACUCUACUGAAUCUCUUGAACUUUUUAAUCGGCAUGCAUUCAAAACUCUGAGGCCUAUAGAAAGUUACACUGACCUUUGUCGAGAUGUUGUUGAGUACUGUGGUGGAUUUCCGCUAGCUCUUGAAGAAAUUGGGUCUUCUUUGUUCGGUAGAUCUGUAGCGGAAUGGCAGAUUGUACUGGAGAAACUCAAAACCAAUGGAAACCAUGUCGUAAUGGAGAAACUGAGAAUAGGUUUUGAUGAUUUACAACAUGAGGAGAAAGAAAUUUUCCUUAAGAUAGCUACUUUAUUUAUUGGGAUGGAUAAAGAUGAUGUAAUUCAGACUUUAAAUUAUGCUGGCCAUCAACCCGAUAUUGGACUAAGAGUCCUUGUAGACAAAAGCCUUGUGACUAUAGAUAGCAAGAACAGGAUUGGAAUGCAUACUUUGGUACGAGCAAUGGGAGGCGAAAUCACAAGGCAACGGUCAAGGGGUAUGGCUGAGACGAAGAUGUACGAUGUGUUCUUGAGUUUUAGAGGAGAAGACAGUCGCGCCAAAUUCAUUUCACAUGUCCAUUCGUCUCUUCAAAGUUCUGGGAUUUAUGUUUUCAAAGACGAGGAUGGGAUUCAACGAGGAGAUCAGAUCACAGUCUCAUUGUUGCAAGCAAUCGGACAGUCUAAAAUUGCUAUUGUCGUUUUGUCAAGAAAUUAUGCUAAUUCAAAAUGGUGCUUGCUGGAGUUGGAAAGAAUUGUGGAAAUGGGCAGAACCAAUGGUACGUUGGUUCUACCAGUGUUCUAUGAGGUAGAUCCCUCAGAAGUACGUUAUCAGACAGGAGAGAUUGGAAAAGCUUUUGAAUAUCUUAUAUCAACAAUAUCAGUGGAUGAAUACACAAAGAGGAAAUGGAAAACAGCACUCCAAGAAGUUGGUGGCCGAGCAGGGGUUGUCAUCAUAAAUUCCAGGAAUGAAAGUGAGGAUAUCAAGAAAAUAGUUGAACUUGUUACUCGUUUGCUAGACAAGACAGAAUUGUUUGUUGCUGACCAUCCGGUGGGAGUAGAGUCACGUGUACAAGACGUUAUUCAACUAUUGAACAGCCAAAAAUCAAAAGAUCCUCUACUACUAGGGAUAUGGGGCAUGGGAGGGAUCGGAAAAACAACCCUUGCUAAAGCAGUUUACAAUAAAAUUCGUCAUGAUUUUGACGGAAAGAGCUUCCUGUUCAAUGUCAGGGAAGUAUGGAAACUAGAUAAUGACAAAGUUUCUUUACAACAACGACUUCUUUCAGACAUCUACAAAACUACAAAGAUAAAGAUAGACACUGUUGAAUCUGGAAAAAUGAUAUUACAGAAAAGACUUUGUGAGAAAAGGAUAUUUCUUGUAAUUGAUGAUGUGAAUCAUUUGGAUCAAUUGAAUGCUUUGUGUGGAAAUCGGAAAUGGUUUGGUGAGGGAAGUAGAAUAAUCAUCACAACAAGAGAUGAUGAUUUACUAAGUAGGCUUGAAGUUGACCAUGUAUACAGAAUGAAGGAAAUGGAUGACAAUGAAUCGCUCGAGCUUUUUAAUUGGCAUGCAUUCAAGCAACCAAUUCCAAGCAAAGGUUUUACUAACCUUUCGAGGGAUGUUGUUAAGUACUCUGGUGGACUGCCAUUAGCUCUUCAAGUAAUCGGGUCCUUUUUGUUGACUAGGAAAAGGGAAACUGAGUGGAAUAGCGUACUGGAGAAACUCAAACUGAUUCCAAAUGAUGAAGUGUCUGAGAAGCUCAGAAUAAGUUUUGAUGGUUUAAUUGAUGAUGACAUGAAAGAUAUAUUCCUUGAUAUUGCUUUUUUCUUUAUUGGUAUGGACCGGCAAGACGUAACUGAGAUAUUAAAAGACUGUGGGCAUUUUCCAGAAAUUGGAAUAAGUGUCCUCGUACAACAAAGCCUUGUAACUGUUGAUAGAAAAAACAAGAUUGGAAUGCAUGAUUUGUUACGAGACAUGGGAAGAGAGAUCAUUCGUAAGAAAUCUAAAGAGGGAGGCAAGGAGCCAAGUAGAUUAUGGCGUUACGAGGAUGUGCUUGAGUUGCCAAAAGAUACCAGUACUUUAGAUGUUAAGGGAUUGACUUUAAAGAUGUCAAGAAUGGACUCAACAACUUAUUUGGAAACCAAAGCAUUUGAGAAGAUGGACAAGCUUAGAUUGUUUCAACUUUCUGGCGUACAACUAGAUGGAGAUUACAAAUAUCUUCCAAGACAUCUUAGGUGGCUUAGUUGGCAUGGAUUCCCUUUAAAGUGUACACCUUCAGACUUUCAUCAACAAAGUCUAGUUGCCGUUGAAUUCAAAUAUUCCAAGCUCGAACGAGUGUGGAGGAAGUCUCAGUUGCUGGUGAAGCUGAAAAUUCUUAAUCUUAGUCAUUCUCAUAACUUGAGACAUACCCCAAACUUUUCGAACUUGCCAAAUCUUGAAAAGUUAAUACUUAAAGAUUGUCCAAGUUUGUCUUCGGUUUCUUCUAAUAUAGGACAGCUUAAAAAAAUUCUGUUAAUAAAUUUGAAAGAUUGUACAGGCCUUCAUGAACUUCCAAGGAGCAUCUAUAAGUUAGACUCGCUCAAAACUCUCAUUCUGUCUGGAUGUACAAAAAUUGACAAGUUGGAAGAGGAUAUAGAACAAAUGAUAUCUUUAACCACCCUGGUUGCGGAUAACACUGCUAUAGCAAAAGUUCCCUUUGCAGUAGUAAGAUCAAAAAGCAUUGCAUAUAUUUCCCUCUGUGGCUAUGAAGGAUUUGCGCGUAAAGUGUUUCCUUCUAUUAUCCAGUCUUGGUUAUCUCCAACAAAUAGUAUCCUAUCCUUAGUUCAAACAUUUGCAGGAACUUCAUGUCUUGAUAUCACAGAUGAACAAAAUAACAGUUUCUAUUGUCUAUCAUCAAUUUUUGAAGACCUUCAGAAUCUUCAACGUCUUUGGUUGAAAUGUGAUUCAGAAGCUCAAUUAAAUCAAACUGUAGCUAGUAUUUUGGAUAGCUCCAACACACGGAAUUGUGAGGGAUUCUCGACUUCAGCAUCAAUUCAUUCCCAUAGUCAAGUUUGUAUGUCAAGCUCUAAAAAUUCCUUGACAUCCUUUUUGAUUCAAAUGGGAGUGAGCUGCAAUGUCGCCAACAUUCUUAGAGAAAGUAUUUUGCAGAAAAUGCCUCCCAUUGGGACUGGUUUCCUCCCAGGUGACAAUUAUCCCAAUUGGGUAACCUUCAGUAGCAACGGUUCUUCUGUAACUUUCGAAGUUCCUCAAGUGGAUGGGUGUUCUUUGAAGACAAUCAUGUGCAUUGCCUAUUCUUCUUCUUCUUCUUCCCCAGACAAUACAACAACAGAAGGUUUUAAAGUUGUAUUAUUGAUAAAUUGCACAAAGAACACCAUUCAGGUGUACAAGAUAGGUGCAUUAUUAGCAUCUUUUGACGAGGAUGAGUGGCAGAGAGUAAUAUCAAGUAUAGAACCUGGCAACGAAAUUAAGGUGGUGGUUGUUUUUUCAAAUGAAUUCAUUGUGAAGAAAACAACAAUUUAUCUUGUAUAUGAUGAACCAAUUGAGAUUAAAAAGACUAAUAAUCAUUGCCAUGAUCCAAAUGAAAAUAUAUUUGGUAGACUCUUCUUCGCCAUUCCUUCCCUUGCUCGAGCUGUUAUGAUUUCACGGCCUUUCUGGUUCUGUUUGGCUGGUAUUAUGGUUUGGUCGUUAUCUCAUCGCCGUUCUGAAAAACGAAGAAGAGGCAACCAACCUAUUCUAAGGGAAGUUAGUGGCAUCCACGAGCUCUCUUUAGACAAAAAACCCUUUGGUUGAUGUACAAGAAGUAGUGAAGAGACAAGUUUAAAAGAGGUACUUUAUUCCAUUCAACAUGGAUUGGUUCCAAUAAUUUCAAAUUACUGAAGCCAUAGGAUGACUAGAAUUCAAAGCAAUAGGAGAAAUUAAGCAGAACUAGCAAAGACAAAUAUAUAAGAAAUAGGCCCAACUGUCGAAACAUAAUGGCAUGGUCCUGGAAACUCUUAGUACGCUACUAUCUCAACUUAUUGUUUGUAAAUCCUAACUCAACUAUCAUUGUCGAUAUUAUUAGGUCAAACAUCUUCAUAUUCAAACUUGAAACCUCAUAGUAUACGUGAAUUUCAGUGAUA